GAGAAGACAAGGUUCAUGUCUAAUGAUGUUCACAAGCCAGUUCGUUAUGGGACAAGUGUAAAGGACGGGGCUGAAAAAGCUCAGCCUUGGAGAAUUUUUCUUAAACAUUAUGCUCAUCCUUUGAAUGAUUGUAUCCAACAAUGGCCCGAUAACCCUUCUGAUUACCGAGAUAAAAUGGGGGAUUAUGUCACGAAAGCAAGACAGUUGGCCAUCGAACUUAUGAGUGCCAUAACCGAAAGUCUUGGAAUUGGCCCAAAAUAUCUUGAAAACAAGAUGGAAGAUGGUAUGCAAGUGAUGGCUGUUAAUUGCUACCCAAAGUGUCCAGAACCACAUCUAGCUUUACGAUUAGCACCUCAUUCGGACCAUAGUUGCAUCACCAUUUUGCAUCACAGCUCGUGUGGUCUUGAAAUUAUGGAUGGUUCAGCUGGAACUUGGCGACUAGUCCCUGAGCUACACGGGGCUCUACAAGUCCUGGUGGGUGACCAUAUGGAAGUACUAAGCAAUGGAUUAUACAAGAGCACAAUUCAUAGGGUUACCCUCAACAAUGAUAAGACUCGGGUUUCUAUUGCAAGUUUACAUAGUAUGGGAAUGGAUGAGAAAAUGGCACCUGCUGAAGAACUUAUUACCGAUGAAUAUCCGAAAAAGUACAAGGAAAGUAGCUUUCAGGAUUUCUUGAAUUUUCUCACAAGAACUGACAUUUUAGAAGGGAAGACCUUCAUUGAAUCACUCAAGAUCAACUAAAAAUUCAAGAAAAAUAAAAACUAAUGAAUAAAUUGGUAUGUAAUGAAUAACAUAGAAACAUGUUUGUUACUUUGUUUCCAUUUCACUUUGAUAUGAUUA